AGAGCUGUCCUGCCUUGUAUGCAAUUGUGUAGAUGCGACAAUUGCCGGGUAGGCAAAAAUCCAUUUGAGCGCAGACAGCCCAGACUACAGUCUCUACGUCGAAAGUCUUAGAUUGCGUUAGUGUUCUCUCUCGCAAACGUUUUAGCCACACGUGUAAUUUAUCAGAGGGCGACACUGCGAUUUUGGAGCUUGAAUGCGCUGCUCCCAACCAAUAUGAUUAUCUAACAUUAUGAAUGGAAAUUACACAGUAACUACAUAUCUUCUGUAAGGGUGUGGACCAGUGCCAUGAGUGGGAUACUGAAGAGGAAGUUUGAGGAGGUGGAGGUGGAGGUGGAGGUGGAGCCGGCCCCCGCUGCUGCCCCGGCCUCCCCGUGCACAUCUCCACCCCACAGUGCUGCCACCACCACCGCCAGCGCCCCCGAGGGGGACGAGGCGUCCAGCGGCGAGAGCGGCAACAGCAGGGACAGCCUCAGCCCCACUGCCCCCCGCCUCUCCCCCUCCUCCAUCCUGAAGCGGGAGAAGCGCAUGCGCGUGCGGCGGGUGCACUUCGAGACGGUGACGGUGUACUACUUCAGCCGGCGCCAGGGCUUCACCAGCGUGCCCAGCCAGGGGGGCAGUACGCUGGGCAUGUCCAGCAGGCACAGCUGCGUGCGGCAGUACACGCUGGGCGAGUUCGCCCGCGAGCAGGAGCGCAUCCACCGAGACAUGCUGCGCGACCACCUCAAGGAGGAGAAGCUCAACUCACUCAAGAUGAGGCUGACCAAGAACGGCGCCAUAGAGUCAGAGGAGGCCGACACGCUGACCCUGGACGACAUCUCGGAGGACGAGCUGGACCUGGACAACACAGAGGUGGACGAGUACUUCUUCCUGCAGCCGCUGACCACCAGGAAGCGCCGCGCGCUGCUGCGCUCCUCGGGCGUGCGCAAGCUGGACGUGGAGGAGAAGCACGAGCUGCGCGCCAUCCGCAUCUCUCGCGAGGACUGCGGCUGUGACUGCAGGGUCUUCUGCGACCCGGAGACCUGCGCCUGCAGCAUGGCGGGCAUCAAGUGCCAGGUGGACCGCAUGUCCUUCCCGUGCGGCUGCUCCAAGGAGGGCUGCAGCAACUCCACCGGCCGCAUCGAGUUCAACCCCAUCCGUGUGCGCACCCACUUCCUGCACACCAUCAUGAAGCUGGAGCUGGAGAAGAGCCGCGAACAACAACAACAGGCAGUCGCCCAGCAACAGCAGCAGGUCGCCACAGGCAACGGUUUCCACGGAGACGGCACCAAUGGACACUGUGGUGGCGGGCCGCUAGCCCAGACCCCACAGGCGUCUCCUCACGGCCUGGAGUUCUCCCUGCCCGACUCGGUCCAGCAGACGGCCAUCAUGCACCUGCAGACGGCCGAGGAGAUGGACGAAGGGCUGGAGGAGGAUGACGAAGAAGAGGAGGAGGACGAGGAAGACGAGGAGGACGAGGAAGACGAUGAGGAGGAAGAGAACGAGGAAGAUGAGGAGGAUGACGAAGAGUCGGAGGAGAACAGCAGUUUGUGCAGCGGGCUGUCGGACUCCAGCACUCAGAGCCUGGCUGCCAGUGACUCGGAGGACGAAGAGGACGAUGAUGAAGAUGAGGAGGAGGAAGAGGAGGAGGAAGAGGAGGUGGAGGAGGAGAAUCAGGAGAACUUCCCACGCAGGCUGAUCAAUGGCAACACGACCAAUCCUCCCACCACCACCACCUCCGCUACCAUCUCCAGCUCUGCCACCACCAAUAACACCACCGCCACUACUACUACCACCCUCAAUUCCAACAUCAGCAAUGGUAAUGAUAGUUAUGACGCUAGUGUUGACACUAACUGCAACCCCUCUGCUCCUGGGACGAACCCAGAGUCUCUGUGCUACACCAAUGGCGUAGGAGGAGCACAGGACUGUCACACCAAUGGCAACGGCGUCUUCAUGGGUCCCCCUCCAGAGUACUACCAGCUGAAGAACGCUACCACGACAACCACAGCUCCAGCCAAUCAGGAGACAUUCCAAGAAACUUCACAAGUGUUCCACGAUAGGAAUGGAGCCAUGAUCACCAAUGGCAACGGGGUGGUGGUUCCACAGGUGGGUCCAUUUGGCCUGGCUCCUGUGCAGCAGUACACAGACUACAUGCAGCAGUCAACAGACGACCAGUUCUCCUCCACAAAUAACAACACCUGCCACUACACCAUGCUGACCAAUGGUACGCCUUCGUCUCCUUCUCCUUCUUCUUCUUCUCCUGUCAUUUCCUGCCUCACCUCAGAGCAGGACAAAGCCGCCCUGCCUGCCAAACUGGGGUUUGCAGAGCAGCCAGGACAGAACAGUCUCAUGCAGAUUGAGUUCCAGAACUACCUGAACAAUAAUAAUGGACAUGAGCACUAUGCCACCAAUGGCAACUGCUUUGGGCCAGAGGCGUUGGGUGCUGAGGGGGUACACAGUAUGCCCGAGGUACCGGUGCUGGUUCCAGACCCCACCAAGGGGCCUCCGCUCCUGGAGAGCCUGCAGGAGGUCACUCCUGUCUAGGGGGAUGGAGCUGUGGAUCAGCCCUGGAGCUCCAUGCUGGAACUGCCCUGAUGGACUUUUCACUUCAUAGGGAUGUCAAGACAUUGAUGAUGAACGUUCGUUUCCACUUGUUCAACAAGUAACGAGCAAAUAACUUGCACAUUGGUAUUUUGGGGUUGAAACACUUUUUCUUGCCCGUGUUAUGUGAUGGGUGAGGGAGUGGGUCUUUAAAUAUGGAAAUGGAUGGACUUUUUUUCAAUGACCCACUAAGACAUGACAUAUGACAUGAAAGUGGUGAAGGAAAAAAAAUGUAAGCUUUAGGCCUGUGCAAUGUAACUUGUAAUUUCAGAAGUAAAAGUUCUAGUUUUCGGCUAAUAUUGUGGGUAGAACUUUUCUAUGUCUGUGUCAACCGUGCAAAAAAAAGAAGAAAAAAAGAUUGUCGCAGUUUUAAAAAAAAGUCUGAAA